GACAGUAAUGACAGCAGCACUCACCCAUUCCUCAAACAAAAAUCAAAGAAGCAGUCGAUAAAAGAAAAUGGUCAAUAUUUCUAAAUUUUUUCGGUUUAUCAUUGAAAGUUGAUACACAACUAUGUUUACAGUUCUUUUUCAGUGUUUUCUGUUUACCAGCUUCGUUCUCUUUAGCAAUGGAUUUUAUGUGCCGGGUGUUGCACCGGUUGAGUAUAAAAAGGGACAAAGAAUUGAAGUCAAAGCUGUUAAAAUGACAAGUAUACACACACAACUUCCAUAUGAAUAUUAUUCUUUACCUCUAUGUUUACCAAAAAAUGGUACAUUUGUUUAUAAAUCUGAAAAUUUGGGUGAGGUAUUACGUGGUGAUCGUAUUGUUAAUACUCCCUAUGAAGUUCAUAUGGCAGAAAAUAUUAAAUGCCGACUAUUGUGUCAUCAAAAGAAUAAUCCAAUCAAUUGGAGUGUGGAAGAAUCUGAGAAAGUAGCAAGUCGCAUUGAACAUGAAUAUUUUGUACAUCUAUUGAUUGAUAACUUACCUGUAGCUACAAGAAUUGUAAGUAUUGAAACUGGUGAAAGAACUAUAGAGCAAGGCUAUCGGCUUGGUUUUAUGACUAAAGGCAAGGCAUAUAUUAAUAAUCAUCUAAAAUUGCUCUUAAAGUACCACAAGCACAGCCAAGAUUCCUAUAGAGUGGUAGGUUUUGAAGUUGAAACAUUUUCCAUAGACAAAGAUGAGCUCACAUUCUUAGAUGAUUUUGGUUGUCAAUUUGCAUCUAAUCUUAAACCACAAUUAGUCAAUGAAGAUACUGGUACAAAACUUUAUUUCACAUAUUCUGUUGAAUGGGGUGAAUCUGACAUAAGUUGGGCAUCAAGAUGGGAUAUUUAUUUGGGCAUGAAAGAUGUACAAAUACACUGGUUUUCCAUUGUAAACUCAAUUGUUGUCCUUUUUUUCCUAUCAGGCAUUUUAACAAUGAUUAUGGUGAGAACAUUAAGAAGAGAUAUUGCUCGCUACAAUUCUGAUGAAAGUAUUGAUGAUAUGAUGGAAGAAACUGGAUGGAAAUUAGUACAUGGUGAUGUUUUCCGUCCUCCACCUAAGAGGAUGCUGUUUGCAGCUGUCAUUGGGAGUGGGAUACAAGUCUUCCUUAUGACUCUUAUAACAAUUUUCAUAGCGAUGCUGGGCAUGUUAUCGCCUGCUAGCCGCGGAGCAUUAAUGACUGCUGCGAUAUUCCUAUACGUAUUUAUGGGUCUUGUUGCUGGCUACUACUCAGCCCGCUUAUAUACUACAAUGAAAGGGAAACAAUGGAAGCAAGCUGCAUUCCUUACGGCUACAAUUUAUCCUGCUAUUGUUUUUGGGACAUGUUUCUUUUUAAAUUUCUUCAUAAUGGGAAAACAUUCCAGUGGGGCUGUUCCAUUUUCAACUAUGAUGGCUCUAUUAUGUCUAUGGUUUUGCAUAUCUUUGCCGUUAGUGUACCUAGGAUAUUAUUUUGGCAUUCGAAAGCAACCUUUUCAACAUCCCGUUAGGACAAAUUUCAUUCCUAGAAAAGUCCCAGAGCAAGUUUGGUAUAUGAAUAUCUUUAUAUGUGUACUGAUGGCUGGAAUUCUUCCAUUUGGAGCUGUAUUCAUAGAACUGUUCUUUAUCUUCAAUGCACUGUGGGAAAAUCAAUUUUAUUACCUUUUUGGAUUCCUGUUCCUCGUUUUCAUUAUAUUGAUGAUAUCAGUAUCACAGAUUUCAAUUGUAAUGGUAUACUUUCAGCUUUGUGGUGAGGAUUAUCAUUGGUGGUGGAAGAGUUUUAUCGUAUCUGGAGGGUCAGCGGUGUAUAUAUUGAUAUACUCGAUAUUCUAUUUCUUCACUAAGCUGGAAAUCACCGAAUUUAUACCGACCCUUCUUUACAUUGGCUAUACAGGGCUGAUGGUGUUAACUUUUUGGCUUUUAACAGGCACAAUGGGUUUCUUUGCGGCUUACAUGUUUAUAAUGAAAAUUUAUGGUGCCGUUAAAAUCGACUAGAUUAUUAUCAACUAGACUCAUUUAUUUUGGUUGUUUAUCAGACUGAAGAACAAUUCACGAGUGGUGUUUAUCAAUGAAGUGUGUAAAUAAAUUAAUCAUAUUACAUAUGCAUUUUAAGAUUAUUAAUUUUAUAAAUUAUUUAUAAGUUUAGCCUUUAAAUAAUUUUCGUAAGCGUUUUGCCUAGAUAUUUUCCUGAAAUUAGUAAAGACAAUAAAGCAGGACA